AUGACGGAGAAACCCACUGCGCAAACGGGUCCAGCCCCAGACCAGAAUACCUCCAAUGGAACUGCCGAGAAUACGACCCCUAGCAAAAUGGUAGAUGGAAGCACAGUCGGCAAAGCCGACUCAAACGCCAAAGAUAACGCGCAAACGUCGCCAGCCUCGAAACCUGAGGGUGCUGCUGGGGGGGCUCGUACCAGCCCGAAGAAACGGCGCAAGGUCAAUCAUGCAUGCGUCUACUGUAGGCGAUCGGAGCGACCGUGCACCCGAUGUAUAAAACGCAAUAUCGGGCACCUGUGCCAUGACGAACCGAGAGAACCAUCGAAACGAGCGCGCAGCGAGCACGAACAGUCUGCUGCAGAUGAGGAGGGUUCUUCAAAUAACGAAUACCCAAAUGUUCACGCCAUGCCCAGGAAGGUCGAUAUCCAAGAUGCUGCAGGUCAGCAGAUCCUGGCCGAUGGAAACUUGGGCCUUACGUCGUCCCCUAUGAAUGCGGUGCAACCUGGGCCCAUGUCCUCCUCUACAGGCCAAAAUAUGGGUGUCACAUCUCAGCAACAGCUUCUUGGAUAUAAUGACUGGGUAGGCGGCCAAAGCCAAUUUCAAGACAUGCAUACAUUUCACCCUUCUUAUAUGUUCAAUGCCCCCGAAGUUACGAACGAGUAUAACCUUCUAGGUGACUUUCUCAGCAACAGCUUACUUGACGAUGGAGGCAUCUUUCAAAACGACGACGUGCAGAGAGUGUAUUCGGACCCAACAUUGAUCAACUCCAUGUCUGUGCUCGGGGGCCCAAAUACGUCGCUACUUCAACAAUCUCAGUCCCUGGGUCCGCCGCAAAACACAGCGAACCAGGGUGACCCUUCAGGGCCAGGCAUCAUUGGGAAUGAUAAAGCGAGGGAAACGUACUAUAUGACGGCAGCGGAUCCCUCAGGGUCUGAUCCUCCAGAAGAGCGAAUGAACAAGCUUCUCAAAGCGAAAUACGACGCCGGUCUUCUGCGACCGUUCAACUACGUUAAGGGUUACGCAAGACUCAACUCAUACAUGGAGAAACACCUACAGCAAGCCUCGCGGCAAAAGAUCCUCCGGCAACUGGACAAAUUCCGACCCAAGUUCCGUGAGAGGAUGCAAAGCCUGACGGAUAUUGAACUCAUUCUGGUAGAGAUGUGGUUCGAGCGCAGCUUGAUGGAAUAUGACCGCGUUUUUGCGAGUAUGGCGAUACCUGCCUGCUGCUGGAGACGAACGGGUGAAAUAUUCCGAGGUAAUAAUGAAAUGGCUGAGCUUAUCGGCGUUCCCAUCGAGGUCCUCAGAGACGGUAAACUAGCAAUUCAUGAGAUUAUCGUGGAAGACCAGCUUGUGAGCUACUGGGAGAAAUUUGGCGCCAUCGCCUUCGACAACACCCAAAAAGCGAUGCUCACGAGUUGUACCUUGAAGAACCCAAAUGCUACCUCCCCUAACGAAGGGAUACCGUGCUGUUUCUCAUUCACCAUCCGGAGAGAUAACCAUAACAUUCCGUCUCUCAUUGUCGGAAACUUCCUACCCUCGCAACGAAAAAAAUAA